ACGUCUGUGCUCCGCUUCCCUGCGUAGGCCAGGGCGUACCUGACCUCGCCUUCUCUCACUUUCCCCAGCUCUCUGGAGUUCUCUCAGCGCUGUCCUGUUCUGCUACCCUCUCCUCCCCUUCCGUCCUUUCCCAUUUACGGAGGAUUCAUGCUCAGCUCUCGCCCUCCUCGGUCGCCAUGCAGAACAGCCACCAAAAGGAGCAUCUCUAUAAGAUCCUUGUGAUAGGGGAUCUCGGGGUCGGCAAGACCAGCAUCAUCAAGCGGUAUGUCCAUCACAACUUCAGCCCAAACUAUCGAGCCACCAUCGGGGUGGACUUCGCACUCAAAGUCCUCAAUUGGGACCAGGAAACGGUGCGUCUACAGCUCUGGGACAUUGCAGGUCAGGAGAGGUUCGGCAACAUGACCCGGGUGUACUACCGUGAGGCCAUGGGUGCCUUCAUCGUGUUCGACGUCACAAGACCUGCCUCCUUCGAGGCUGUCACCAAAUGGAAGGAGGACUUGGAUUCCAAACUGACACUAGCCAAUGGGAAACAUGUAGCCACUGUGCUUUUGGCGAACAAAUGUGACCAGGGUCGGGAAGUACUGACCAAUAACGGAAUAAAGAUGGAGCAGUUCUGCCAGGAGAAUGGCUUUGUGGGAUGGUAUGAGACGUCAGCUAAGGAAAACAUUAACAUCGAUGAAGCAGCGAACUGCUUGGUGAAACACAUCAUCGCCAGUGAGAAUGACAUGCUCCAGUCAGAGGUCCCUGACACCAUCACCCCUCAGUUAGAGAAGGACAAAGGCGGGACAUGCUCGUCUUGCUUCAGAGCCCAGUAAUACCUCGACUUCUUCAAAAAUUCCCAUUACAACACUAAGUCCAGUUUGUCUGUGAGCAAGAGGCCGAGGGAGAACUCCAGCUGUUUUAAUUAAUCUAAGCAUGCAUGGGCGUCAGCUGUUUUCUUGUCUGGUUCCUCAGGUGGGUUGGUGGAUGUGGGUUUCAGGGUUGGGUGGGGGGAGUGGAUGAGAUCUUGCAUAAGGAAUGGAUUGAAACAGACAGAAAGAGGGAUGGAUGCAGCUGUGUGCUUGUCAAAGGCAAGGUCACCCUCUGGGCAACAUCAAGCCUUGACACUGCUACUUCAGUUGCCAUGGAGACACAGUUAAUGAACACAUGCUCAGCGAAUCACAGUAUAUGUGUUCUUUCAGUUCAUGAAGGUAAACCACGUUACCUGUCUGUCUGUCUUUCUUCCUCCCUCUUUUACUCUCCUUUACCUUUAUCUUCUUUGUUCUUUUCUUUGUUUUUGCUUUUUUCUCCUCAUCCCUCCCUGGCAGUUUCUUUUCAGUCAUUCACAUGUCAUGCUGGGCUUAUAGGUGGGCAGUAAAGCACAUUUAUAUCUCUUAAUUCAAUGGUUUUAUAUUAAAUUUAUACUUCACCGUUCAAUAUUUGUAAUAUUUGUAAUUAUGGGAUAAAUGCAUAUAUUUAUCUAUAUGCAGUAUAUGUAUACAACAUGUACAUAUUAUUUACAGUUUAUUGUGACAGAUUAUAGAACCAAAGAUGUAUCCAA